AUGAUGUGGAACUCUUUCCUCUUCUUGAGCGUGUUGGGCGCUGUGCCUUUGAGCUCUGCCAUUCCGAAUGGGAUUGUAAUUGCUCGCCAAACCUCUGCAUCCUCCGUCUCCGUUUCGGGCCCGCCUCUGCGAAGCCAUCCAUCUUCUCAGUCGCACACUCCUUUUAGUGGAACACCGUCGACUACUGGUGCAUUGACUGCCUCCUCGAUCGGAUCUGGCAUCUCCAGCGCUGGUGUACCUCCAGGAGCUACCACUUAUCCAAGUGAUGGCAAGCUUCAUAACGCCGAGCCAGCCCCAUAUGUUCCUGCAGGAGGGGUAGGCACCAACGGAUCAACUCCUGUCUAUAAUGCUAGGAGUGACUUCGACUAUGAAUCCUUGGCCUUGGCUCUGUACCAGGAAUGGAUUGAGCUAGACUUGUUCCAGGACGGAUUGAAGCGCUUCUCCGCAAGCGACUUCCAAGCUGCUGGUCUUAGCUCUGCAGACCGAGACCUAAUUGCAUUCAUGGCCGAACAGGAGGUUGGCCACGCAACUAUGAUCAGCAACAUUCUCGGCGCCCAGGCGCCACAACAGUGCUCGUACAACUACCCGUACACCAAUGUCAACGAGUUCAUCGAUUUCUGCCAGAAAGUGACUCGAUUUGGCGAGGCUGGUGUGUACGGCUUCCUGGCCCAUCUCGACUCCCGCGAGGCAGCCACUCUGUUGACGCAGUCCAUCACCACCGAGGCGCGUCAGCAGCUGAUCUUCCGGCAGUUCGAAGGUCUCUUCCCCAUGCCUGAGUGGUUUGAGGUCGGCAUCCCGCAGUCCUGGGCCUGGACCUUACUGGCGCCGUACAUUAGCUCCUGCCCCAGUAAUCAGACUCGUCUGGUAUGGCAGAACUUCCCUGCCCUGCGAAUCCUCAACCAGCCUAGCGUGUCCAGCGCUGGCAGCACCGGCAAUAGCUCUGGCCUCAACAACACCAUCAGCCCCGGCACCAACGUCGUGAAAUCACCCAACGGCUCGAACUCCAGCUCCGGUUCUGGUAGCGGUGGUGGUGCCCUUGUCACCAGCGAGACCGCGGCGCUCUCGUUCCCCGGCCGCCAGGUGGCCCUGCAGUGGGAGAGCGCGGGCAAGGCCGUCGGUCCGAACGACAGCUAUAUUACCACCACCCAAGCCAAGUCCGCAAAAUACGUUGUCUGGGUCUCGCAGUUGAAUGUGACAUAUACACCGUUGCGCGUCCUGAAUAACACUAAUAGCACCGGCCUCGGCUAUGGCUACACGAUCCAGCCGAAUCUGGAGACCUAUCAGGGUAACCCGGCGAUCAAUGGCACCAUGUUUAUCGCUAUCACCGACAGCAACCCGGUCCUGACCCCCUUCAACCUGAGCUUGAUUAAUCCGCACGUCGUUGCUGGCCCUGCCAUUUACCAGGCUGGUUAA